UCCCCUAAAAAUGAAAAGAGGGGUGUAAUGCUAUGAAUAUUUUUACAGUCAUUCCAUUGUGUCAUGUUUUUUUCUCUGACUAUAUAUAAUAUACAUGAGGUAGAUGGUUCAAUGAAGAGUUUGAGAGGGAAAUUUUAUACAUAUAUAUGCAGAAUCGCAUUUUCUUUUAUCAUUCUUUUGCAUCACAAGAGCAAAAGAGAUAUUUGACUGGUAUAUAUGGUGAUGGGGGGUGUAUGUUUUUCUUUUUUGUUACUCCAGAAUAUAUAUAUAUUUACGUGUAGCUUUUCUCCGUGGAAAAUUGGGGAAGAGCAAAAAGAGCGAAAGGGGAGAGUCGAAUGAAAACUUUUAUGAGAGACACUUUGCAUAAGCGUAAAAGUUUGAUUGUUGUAAUUGUUGUAGAAUGGAUUUACAUUUGUAUAGUCUUCCCAGCAAAAGAAUUUUUCAUUGCAAAUUUUGAGAGCAGAGAAAAUACAAGAUUUAUGCUCUAUCGCGAGAUAUUCAAGUGAUGCUAGAGGAUUCCCCAAGCUAAAGUGGAUUUUGGUUUUUUUUUUCAUACACCGCUCUUUUUUUCCAGGUGGCUUGGGUACGAGUGGACACUCAGACAAUUCUGUCCAUUCAUCACAACGUCAUCACGCAAAAUCCCAGGAUUACACUGUCCUACAAUGAUCAUAGAUCGUGGUAUCUGCAGAUAAAGGAGGUGGAAGAGAACGACAGGGGAUGGUAUAUGUGCCAAAUCAACACGGAUCCAAUGCGAUCGAGAAAGGGAUACUUGCAAGUUGUUGUGCCACCAAUGAUCUUGGAACAGUACACGAGUAAUGAUAUGGUUGUGCGAGAGGGCUCAAAUGUUACGUUAAAUUGCAAAGCAAAGGGAUAUCCUGAGCCAUACAUCAUGUGGCGUCGAGAGGAUGGCAGCGAAAUGUCCAUCGGCGGUGAAAAUGUUGCCGUCGUUGAUGGAGAAGUGCUGUCGAUUGUUAAAGUGAGUCGACUCCAUAUGGCGGCUUAUUUAUGUGUAGCUUCAAAUGGGGUUCCACCGUCAGUGAGUAAAAAAUUGGAACUCCGGGUUCAAUUUCCCCCCAUGCUCUCGAUCCCCAAUCAGCUGGAGGGUGCCUAUACUGGCCAGGAUGUCACUCUGGAGUGUCACACAGAAGCAUAUCCGGCAUCGAUAAAUUACUGGACGACAGAUCGUGGAGAUAUGAUUAUAUCAGACACUUCACGCGCAGGAGAUAAAUUCGAGACGCUGUCCAUCAGCAAUGGCUACAGCAAGUACAUGAAGCUGAAGAUACGAAAUGUUGGACCCAAGGACUUUGGUUCAUAUCGAUGCGUAGCCAAGAAUUCUCUCGGGGAAACAGAUGGUCUUAUAAAGCUCGAUGAAAUUCCCGCACCGACAACGCCAAUGACAACGGAAGUGUACCACUUGAAUCGGUCAAGGGUGAAGAAUCGGAAGAAGUACCUGUCGAGCUUCGUCACCGUUGGAGACUACGGCGUUGAAGAAUGGAAAGAUAACAAUGAUUACAAUGGAGACUUCUCAUUGCCAUCGCGAGGGCCACCACCCAUUCGACAUCCACCUGGUGCAUAUCAUAACAAUUCCCAUCCACCCUUCAUAGCACCAUCAACUUCAGCUCUCGUGAUACUCGCAAUCAUCCUCAUUAUCAUGACUCCAAUGAUUAUGAGAUGAGAACAUUCCUUCCCGCCCGAAGGGACAACACAUUUUGCCACACUUCUCCAGUAAGUUCAUCACAUUUCUUACAUCGUUGCGUUUUCACAGAUAAAAAAAGCAACAACAAGAAAAAAAGAAACGAUAUAAAAAAGAAGAAAAUAAUAACGUUAAACUCAUUGAGUCAUUUUCACGCACAGUUUAUUUGAUAAACAACAGAGACAUCUUAAAAAGACAAAUCCUAUGAAUAUUGAAUGAAUUGUGCUAUAGAACUUUAAAAAAAAAGUGAAUCUUCUCCGUUCUUCACAAUAAACCAAAAACACAGUCAUUUCUUUCUGCGGUGCUAAAGUGUAAUUAAUAUUGAUCAUUAAUACCUAAACGUAUAGUUAAGAUAUUACCAAGCGUAUUCAGUUUUCGAGAGUUUAUUCUAUUAAAAAAAUGCGA